UGUAAAUGGGUCGUUUCAGAAAUCAAUAUCCUAGAUGAGACCAAAAUAAACAUAGUCCCACCUCAUCAGGCUACGUUCCAGGAUCAACAUCGCAAGCAAAGCGCACGUAACCAUGUGAAACCCAUCUCUAUAUAUCACACCCUAAUCUCCAUUUCCUUCCAACAUCUCAAAAAACAUGGCCAAUCUCCGCCUCUCCUUGUUCCUAACCCUCCUCCCCCUCCUCUGCAUUUCCGGCACCGCUCAGCCAACCUCCGUCAAAAGAUCCCGGUCACGGUCACCGUCCUACAUCGAGUCCUCAUGCCGAGCCACCCGCUACCCAGCCCUAUGUCUCCAAUACCUCUCCACUCUCCCAAACUCAACCAUACAGAACCCCCACCAGCUAGCCCAAGCUGCCCUAACGGUCAGUCUCUACAGAGCCCGUUACACCCGCUCAUACAUGUUAAAGAUCACUAAACAGCUCAGGUUAACAAAAGCUAAGGAGUAUCAAGCAGUGAAGGACUGCUUGGAUCAGAUAAACGACAGCGUACAGCAACUUGGCCAGUCUAUUAGAGAACUACGUCGUUUGGGAAGCCAGGAAGAAACGGCGGUUGAUGCGGUGUGGCGGUUGAGUAACGUGGAGUCGUGGACUAGCGCUGCUCUGUCUGAUGCUUCGUUUUGCCUUAACGAGUUUCCGGGGAGGAGGAUGAGUAAGUUAAAGGCUACCAUUAAAGGUAAGGUUUUGAAUGUAGCUCAGGCGACUAGUAAUGCGUUAGCGUUGUUUCAUCGGUUUGCCGUAAGGUAUAGAGCCGCCGCUAAGAAGCUGCCGUGAUUAAUUGUUCAUGGCUAGCUAGCUAUAGUGUUUUGAAAAAUUUGUACAUGUAACUUUUUUAAUGUUGUAACGUCUUUAUUUUUUUUAUAUUUUUUAACACUAUGAAUUCUGAAUCAGAAAAUAAAAUUAAUUUA